AUGUCAUCUUCACGGCCCUUUGGGAAGGUAGUGGAGAAGGAAUCUCUUGCAGACACGGCCGAAAGAGUAUGUCUCCUACUUGUAUGCUGUCAAGAAAUUGCAGACGAAAAGAUCCAGAGUUUCGCGGCCGUCCAGCUGCUUAGCUUCAACGAGUGGGUUGAUGAUUACAGAGUCUUUGCGGCCCAGCACGCAUCGCUCGACUAUCAACUCCGAACAACCCCCUCCUUUAUAUCUAUUAUUGAAAACUACCUUGACACCAUCAUCGAAUGCCUUUUGGCAACUCUCAAGGGGUCUACGGAGGUGUCUGAUGAUCAAAUAGAUACCUUUUUAGCCGUCCCCAUAUCGCAUGUCCCCAUCAUUGCAAGAAAUUUGCUGCUAGAUUCUGCAUUUGAUGGCUGCACAAGAACAAAGCAGCUGCAAACCGUCGAAGCCCGUAUUACCUCGCUUAGCAAUCUUUCUUCUCAAAUUCGACAAAGAGUUCAUCGGCAAAGCUUGGUAGAAAUUCCCGAGCUUCUGGACUUUGAUAAGGAAUAUGUCAUCACUCGGGAGCGAAUAGGCGAUGGUCUUGACUCAGAGUUCCAUGUUGAUGGCACUCAUUUCGAUGUUGGGAAAGAGUUUGAGAAAUUCGUCCGAGAGGCUCUGACACACAAGUGGUUUCAUUUUCACUCUAAUAACGAGAAAAACCUCAGCGAGGAACAAAUGAGUUACCGGCAAUGGCUCCUUGAGCGUUGCGUGACGAUUAUCUCAACACGCAGGCGGCAACUGGCGUGUUUCCGAGCUCACUACAGUCACGAAGAGACAUUUGCUUUGAAACAGGUGGUAACAAGGUUCAAGUUCAAGCCGCCAUUGUCGAACUUGGUGCCAUCCUCAUCUACCUCGAUAAUCGCUGAUGACGGGUUCGGAUUCCGAUUCGGGGGCCCAUUCGAUGUACCGCAACCGCCGAACCUGGCUGAAAGCGAGGAAGAGACGUCGUGCCCCUACUGUUACCUAGCAUUACCAGCCGAAACUUUCUCGGCGCAGAACAGUGCAGAGCGCUGGGAGCGGCAUCUCCUAGAAGACUUACAGCCGUAUAUCUGUCUAUUUGAGAACUGUGAUACCCCUGGAAAGACGUACUCUUCGUUCAGAAUGUGCAGAGACGCUAUUGAUGAUGACGUGGUCACCUUCUACACUUGCGAGAAGUUUGCAAUGCAUUUCGAGAUGGAACAUCCUGAUCAUGAUCUAUCAUCUGUCGAAGACCCGUUCCUGUAUAGAAGUCAGCUGGAUGCCUUAUCUCAGUGGUGUUUCGUCUGCUGUGAAGCGCUGCCUCAACGCGAUAUGCUGUUGGAGCACAUUGCAAACCAUCUCAGAUCCAUGUCGUUGUUGGCGCUACCUUGGCGGGACGAUAUUACAGACAAGGAAGAUGUCGCCAGUGAAAAGGCUACUGGCUCGGUUACAUCUGACGGCAUUGACAACGACGGCCCAGGCAAACAGCUUGACGGCGUCGGUCUCUGGGGCUGGGAAGAAACUAAAGAGAGAAUAGAUAGCCCAGAGAGAAAGCUUGACAAGCACGAAUUUGCUUCCUUGCUUCUGGCGGCGAAUGAAACUCCCCAAGACCGCUUACAGGUUCUAGAGCUAUGGAUUCAAGACACUCGUUUGAGUGGUACAAUACAGAGACGAGCUCGAAGAAACUGGCGGCUAUCCUUGAACGUCGUCAGGGUGAUUACGGAACUCCGCAAGAACACAAUAUGGUGGCAAGCGCAGCGUCGGGAAAACCGAAUCCAAGAGGACAUGAUUUGGCCUAGAAACUACACAGUUGGAUGGAUAUGCGCAUUGCCAGUUAAAUUCGCAGUCAGCGAGGUGGGCAUUGGGGGUGGCGUUCCAUCUACAGCAAAGGAUAUUCGGCUAGGAGAUGUUUUCGUGGGCGAUCCUGCAACCGACGCUGGAGGUGUUGUUGAAUAUGACUCUGACGAAAUCAGUCGAGGGGGUAAAUUUGUGUACAGAAGAUUCCCGAAUUCGCUUCCUAGGGAUUUACGAAAUGCAAUGGGAACGCUAAAGGCGGAUCGCCAACUUGGGCACAAACUCUCCGAGCAUUUGCAAGGGAUGCUCAAGAAUUGCAAAAAAAUGCAGGCUCAAUACAGCCGACCGAGCCCCGAGACUGAUGUUCUAUUCAGGUUUUACGAGGAUCAUCUCGGCGCCGAGGGUGACUGUUCAGCAUGCCCCAAAGAUCUACUGCAGUCGCGACGAGCUCGUGACUCAGUGCCUAUCGUUCACUACGGGUUAAUAGCCUCUGGCGACGAAGUAAUGAAACACGGCGAAACGAGAGAUGGACUGUCGAGAGAAUAUGGUAUAGAAUGCUUUGAGAAGGGGGCAGUUGACCUAAUAUUUGGCUUCCAGUGCCUUGUUAUUCGCGGAAUCAGCGACUAUGCCGAUUCGCAUAGGAACGACAUCUGGCAGCCAUACGCAGCAGCAAUGGCAGCGGAAUAUGCAAAAGAGCUUCUUCACUUUCUUCCUCCGGAUACGUCUACAUCAUUAUCUACAGAUGUUUGCUAUCGCCUCACAAAGCACCAGUCACAUACCGACAGCAUUGAGAUCGAAGAAGAUCCCACCUCUGCGGAUGGCAACAUGAGAAUUACAUUAGCGCCGAACGACGCAAAUCAACCCGGAAAGUAUUGGAAAUUGCAGCCGUGUGACACUGAGAGAGCUUGGGUCAUCUCUACUUUGGCUUCUCCAGACAUGAUACUUGGUGUUGGCCCUGGUGAUUCGACUCGCCCGUGCCUCUCCCCAGCAGCUUCUGUCCCUGGACAACGAUGGAACAUAAUCCAAAGAGAUGGCGGCGCUGUGAGCCUGCAGGUUAAAUGUUUAGGGCAUAGAGGAUAUCUCUGUGCCAGCGGCUAUCCUGCAGAAAUAACGCUGUGCGAAGAGGAUGAGAAUGAUGCGUCACAGUUGUGGCGUUUACACGCGACAGUCUUGGCACGCUGA